AUGAGCCCCAUCAGUGACAUCGUCGGUCCCUCACCAGUAACAUCUACCGGUACUGAGACAACCGAGAUUGAGGAUGACGACGAAUCCGUAGAUACUGGGUUCACUGUGCAGCGCAUACAUCCAAGUCCUCAGCCACAGCUACAAAUGUUGAAGACGAACAUACCAGAACAUCUACGAAAAAGUAGCAGCGAGGAGGCUGUGUCUGUCAUUCAUGCCCCUCAAAAUUUCCAGGCCUGGCCGGAGACACCAGCAGAUAUCGUUAGCCCACCCCCUAGUGAACGCUCAACAAAGGCACAAAACUUGCAAGACGUCAUCAGUGACCAGAAUAGACUGCGGUCAAGCAGCGCGAGCAGUCUAGAACUGAUACCAGAAAACAGUCAGGGCGAAUCGGAUGCGGAGCAGUAUGAAAAUGAUCCUGAUUACCACAGCCCGGUAAUGGAAGAGGAGAAUGAAAUACAGACGCUCAACACUGCACUCGAGGAGUGCUGGACUCUGUGCAACACACUCGCCGGCCUAAGUUCCAUCCACAGGGAGCGCGUUUUCAGCAGCUCAGGCACGCCUGAUGCCCACGAGAAGGCAUGGAAGUGUUGCUGGAAGCUGUGCCAGAGAUUGUAUCACAGUCGGGACGAGACUGAAGAGUCAUACACUCUGCGAACCAAUCUCGAUCUGUGCCGUGAUUUCUGCCAAGCACUAUUUGAUGUCAGGACUCGGAAGGACGACACGGCGGAUUCGGUCCUGCGUGUCAGCUUCGAGCUCAACAACCAUCUCUACAGCGCACAGGACACGCGAAAUUUACCCGAGGCAUUUCGCGAGCGCACCCUGGAUUUUUACAUUACCUUGUGUCAUCGUCUGAUGAAGCAGCGCACAUUCGUCAGAACCGGCGGGACGGCAAGGCCCCUGAUGAGGAUCUUCUCGGUUCGGCGGUUCAAGCAUGUUGGGGAACUGUGCGACAUCUUCAGGGAGGGCUGGACACAGAUCAGGCCUGAACGUGGAACGCCACGCCCUAGUCAAGUGACGUUCUCGUGGCAUGCGCCGCAUGCAAUGGCUGCCGAGACCCGCAGCACAGCAGGAAGUCGGGCUUCGAUGCAUUCCAAGCGAGAAAGCUUGAGGAGUGUUAACAGCGAGCGACCCAGGAAGCGAGAUGCCCCGCCGGUACCUGAAACGCCCGUGACCGAGUUUGAGGAUACUCCUAUCUCCCCCGAGAGCUCUAGUCCGCAGAUGCCCAACAUACUUGUGCUCGGAACAAGUAGUGAGAGCAGCCGUGUGACUGUUCCGAGGUGGUCAAGCAGCGCCAGCAAUCUGUCAAGCUUCUCACAAAGUAGCCAGAAGACUAGUAGCACUGCCACUGCCGGAAAGAAGACCAAAUCAAAGAUGACGGGCACCGGAGCGAGCGGAGCAGGGAGCAAUAUUAGCGGAGGGAGCUCCGGAGGCACUGUGGAGGAUAUCAACAUUACUCGUAUCAAGGCUUUAAUAGUCAAAGCGGCAAUGAACAUCGGCUUCAGCCGAGACAGCGCAUCUGCCAUGGCAGAUGGUACCGGCGGCGCGACUGCCCUUCAGGGGUUCGUCAAAUCACUGCCGUCUGGGUCUUUUGGAAACCUCCCGCAGCAUGCAACACUGCUUCAGAACUACAAGAAUCUGGUGCUGAGCGAUGCUGCACUUGUUGGCAGCGGGGCCGCCGGUAAUCUUCUCCCGACACGGGGGAAGAGGGUUGGCGCGGUUGACCUCGCAAAGUCGGUGGGCUGGAUGAUGCACCGGAGCUCGCACUACGGGUUUUUGAGGGAGCUGUACAAGCUGGUGUUUGGGUUUACUGUCGAAGAGGCCGAGAUGCGCAAAAACACGACCAUUGCUGUCUGA